AUCAUCAUCUUCACACGCGUUGAGCAUGUGCGAGUAGUUGAUUUCUGUCUGAUUUCUGUUGAUUCGAUCGUGGCUCCAUGAGAAGUAAUAAGAUGCUCUAUAAGUUCUAUGCUCUGUGGCUUUAGCGGAAAACACCUACCACUUCAGUCGCUUUUGUAGUUUAGUUCACACACCUCUCACCGAACCGGUGUUGCAUUCCCUCUGGUUGCAGCCACCUGGACCAGAUGACAGCAAUGACGGGGCUUUUUCAUCACUACUGACAUUCUUCGAGAGCCGUGCGGGCAUGGUGCCGAUCGCUGCUGUUGCUGCCUCCUGUUAAAACGAAAGCGUCAGCAUGCCCGGAUCACUUCGCCUGGCUGUGGUGUGUUCUAGCAACCAGAACCGAAGCAUGGAAGCUCACGCGUUCCUGAGCAAGAAGGGCUUCAAGGUGCGGUCAUUCGGUUCAGGGGCCCAGGUCAAACUGCCUGGAUCUGCACCAGACAAGCCCAACGUGUACGACUUUGGUGUCACCUACGAGCAGAUGUACCAGGACCUCAUGGAGAAGGACAAAGCCCUAUACACGCAGAAUGGCAUCUUACACAUGCUUGAUCGGAACCGGCGAAUCAAGCCCACGCCAGAACGCUUUCAGAGCUGCUACGACAAAUUUGAUGUCAUCUUUACUGUGGAGGAGCGAGUCUACGAUCAGGUGGUAGAGGAGUUGUCCAACCGGUUACCUUGUGACAACUCUCCUGUGCACAUCAUCAACUUGGACAUCCAGGAUAACCACGAGGAAGCCACAAUAGGGGCAUUUCUCAUCUGCGAGAUGGCACAGAUGAUGAGUGAUUCGGAGGAUCUGGACAAUGACAUUGAUGAGCUGAUCCAGGACUUUGAGGCCAAAGCGCAGAGACCCAUCCUGCACACUGUCCAGUUCUACUGAUGACAUUGCAGCAGGAGGACAUGUAAAGCAACAGCAUGAAGAAGCUGUCGUCUACUUCAACUGGCAGUCUUUGUGUGAUACCGUGAUAAGCAUGCAAAACUGUAAAACAGUCAACAGCUCUAUUUUUGUCAUAGGUUUUCUGUUGAUCAGGUAUGCAUUGCAUACUGCGACUAAGAAGGAAGAGGUGGUCUUUUGUGACAAACAUUUGUGCUUCAAAUUUAUAUUCUGCUGCAUGCUGUCAAAGAGUUCUUGCAUGCCUUUUGGUAAUGUAGGUAUGUUUAAACAAUGCAUAAUUUUGGAGGUGCACAAUUGUGGCAUAUGUUACAAAAUAUUUCUUAUAUGAGAUCUUGAAGAACUUUCAGCAGACAGUAACUAUCAGAAAAGCACUGUUUUAUGACGUGCACAAUCUCAUUUUAAAAUCUUGUUCACUCUGAACAAAGUCUUGCAGGUCAGAAUUGGCCAAUGUGUCUUCUGUGCCCUCUGCUUUCUUCCCCAUCUCCCCUAACUGCAUGAAAGACAAUGUGUGCGUUGUUCGCAUGCCAGUUCCCUUCUAUCAACAUUUACUACCGGAAACAAAGAGCCCCAUAAAUCAUGGUGAUAAGCCCCUGUAAAUGUAAAUUUGAGAAUAAAAAUAUUACGACUCCAU